UUCGAGUUCGAAAGCGAAACUGAACGAGAUUGGCGCGGUCCACCGCGUUGAGAAGGAAAAUGCUGCAGCUCCCACUGCCACCGUUGGUACUCUUAUCCCUUACCAAUGAUGAUCAGCUGUGUAGUCCAUCCUCUGGCUUCUAGGCCGGCCUCCAAGUGUGGAGAUAACUUAUGAGGAAAGUCGCUUGCUAGUACUAGGGGGGGUCUUGAUUUUAUGGAUGACGUCUGCCCGUUCUGAUGAUUAGACAAGGAAGCACUUUUCUUCACGUGAGGUCCAUACUUCGUUCUCCUUGCUUCUUUCCAGGUACUCCGGCGCCUGGUCGUGCUGACUCAGCUCCCGAUCGGUCGUGGAAGCGGAAGACCCCAACUAUCUACUGG